CGUAUAGAUAGGUUAAGUUUCAUUUUGAAAAGGAAAUCGAUUUAAACCAAAUUUUCGAGGAUGUUUCGCGUUCCUAGCGAUGAAAUGACAUCAUUAGUGAAACUCUUGGUUCAUAAUUUAACAGGAUUCGAAGAGGAAACACCAGUAUUUAUAGCAUGCACCGAUUACAUUUUAACAAACCUACAAAAAGCGGAAAGUUUAUUCUUCUUAAAAAAGACGGAUAUCGACGUUCAAAUAUUCGGACAAGCCGACAAAUUUGAAUUCCACGGUUUUAAACCACAAGCUGAAGAACUCCGCAAGAAUUACGCCCGAUUCAUACCCGAAUCUCUCCCAAAAUCAGAGCUCCACCACAAAUUAAUGAUAAUGAAGUUUUUAAUUUGUUUAUCGGAGAGCCCAACGAAAUCGUUUUUAGAAAAUCCUGAUCGAGGUAAAGUUUUGGUUGAUGAAAGUGAAGAAGAAAUCGAUUGGGGGGUUGUUUUAAGGGAGGGAUGCGAGAAGUGGUCACCUAAUUAUUCCUCGAGUUCGGAUGAAUGGAGUGAUGAUUCAACUCAAAUCGAUUCAGACACCAUCCAAAACACCCAAUUCGACGAAAUAUCUCGCAUCAAAAAUGAUUUGGACGUCUCAAAACAUGAAAAUGAGAAGUUAAAUUAUGAAGAGGUUUGUAAGAAACUUUCCGGUUUGGUUCAAAAUGGUUGGUUUAAUCGAAAUGGGGUUCAAGAAGUUCCUGAAACCACUAAUAUUGAUGGAAAUGUUGCGUUUUCUUGGGAUGAAUUUGUCCGAGAAACGACCCAUGGUCUUUUAGAUCAACACUCAAAGAUUAUCACUGAGUAUAAAGUGAUGAGGGAGAUUAUUUGGCAACUUUUAAUCGCGCAUUCAUCAACUUGCUUCGAUUAUGAUGGAAAAUUCGUUUGUGCCAAAGAAAAUGUUACAAUUUCGAGCGUUCGAUCGGUUGCUUUCGCCGAUUUUUUAUCCGAAUUUACAAAAACCAUCAAUACAUUGCAUUCAUUCCGAGAUUUUCGAAAUUCUUUCAACGAAAACGAACGAUAUCCCGGAAUAUACAUAACCUAUUCGGAAUGUGUCAAGGAGAUUCUUUCCCCGUUUAUGAACGAAAUCGUUACUAUUGAAGACGAAAUUCGCAAACAAGAUUCGAAAAUGACACUUUUAAAACUUUCGCAUAAACUCCGAAAUUUAUCCGAGAACGUUUCAAUUUUAAAGAGGAUCCACGACGAGGUUAUAAUCGAUUAUAAGACGAAUGAUCCUUUAAAAUGCGCGACUAAUUUGCUUUCGAAGUUACGAUAUGGUUUGGCUAAUAACAUAACCUCAAAAAUUGAAUUGGAUGUUUAUUUAACGCUGUAUGUGGGGUCUUUGCGGCGAUAUCUCCAAAUUAUUUAUUGGUGGUUCAAUAAUGAUCAGUUAAAGGAUGAUUAUGACGAAUUUAUUGUUGGGGCGCAAAGUGAUUCGGAAAGUGAUUUAAAAUUGAAAUCGGGUUACUCGGUGGGAUCGAACAGCGUUUUUUGCCUUUAUAGCUACGAGAGUAUCGACUCCGAUUUGGAUAAAAACGAUUCUUCCCGAUACUUUUACAAAAAAGAUUUCGACGAGUCGUUAUGGGACAAUUUUUUCGGGAUCAUAUCGACGAAAGUGGUCGAAAUUGGGAAUAACAUCCGAUUUUUGAGGAAAUUGGGGAAAAUCACUCUUUUAAACUCAAAAAUUUCAAGUGAUAUUUACGAAGAUUUCAUCGAGAGAUUAUUAAAAAAGAUUCUUAUUUACUUCAAAAUCGAAAUCGAGGUUGAUUUAACCCCGACGGAGUCCCAACAUAACCCCGAUUUUUCCGCGAUGUGCCCCGAUUACGUAAAAUAUCCUUUAGACCUAGAUAAAUUGGAGAAUGUAGUCCAAAAAUCGAACGAAUUUUUGAUGGAAACGUUCAAACCGUUCUUUGAAACAAAAAAUUUAAAUCUACCCUCAAAAAAAAAUUUAUUCCAAGACAUAAGGGGUGCAACAAAAUCGGUUUUUCCCGCAGAAAAAUUCGUGGAUGAAGCAUUCGAGGAGAUACUCAAUGAGCGUUAUGGCCACUCAGGAUAUGUGAUUCGAGAUUUAUUUAAAUCCGAAUAUCGGAUCGAGGAACAUUUUGAGUUAUUAAAUCAUUUGUAUUUAUUAAAAGAUGGAUUAAUGACGUCGUGGUAUCAACGCUUGUUUAAACAGAUGGAUGAAACUUCGAAAAUUGAGAGCUCCAUCUGGUUAACGGGGCGCUUACAAGAUUUAUUAAUGGACUCAUUUCCCGUUUUACACGAAAAGUGCUUCGUGAAAGUCUCCCAAGGCGGAUUAAGGGGCACUCCGAUUCAACACGCAUUAAACGCUUGCAAAUUAAUCGAAAUCGAAUACGAAGUGGAUUGGCCAAUUAACGUGGUGAUUCAAGAUUAUGAUAUUGAGAUGUACAAAGAGGUGUUUCAGUUUAUUUUGGAGGUUAAGUGGGCUCUUUAUACGUUGACUCACAUGUUUUUUGCAGAUAUUGAACCAAAAGUUAAAAUAAUAAAACAACACAAAGCUGUAACAAUUUUAUUGCGUCGAUUAAAAGUGAGUCGAUUUUGGUUAAUAAAUCAAUUCAGUGGAAUCCUACAUUACAUUUUUGGGGGAAUUAUCACGAAUGCAAGCGUCAAAUUUGAGAGGAGUUUGAGGGAAGCGUGCAGUUUGAGCACUUUAUCGAUGGCGCAUCGAAAUUUUAUUAACGACAUUCAUAAAUCGGCGAUAACUUUAAAGGAGUAUAACUCAAAAUCUUUCGGGUUUAGUUAUUUGUUGUAUUUGGUGAAUAAAUUAAAAACCAUGUGGAACAACUUGGAGAAAGUGGAAGAGCAAGAAUUAUCCAAGUUAGAGAAAAGUUACAAAAUUUGUUACAAAAACCUAGAAAAAGUAAUGAACUCCCAAAUCCCAGAAUUUCUAUUAAAUUAACGAUUGUAAGUAUCUAAAUAAAGCUUGUUUUAUUACAAAAAUUUAUUUUUCCCCCA